AUGCGCAACACUGCCGAGUCCCCACUUUUGCGCCUACCCGGAGAAAUCAGAAACCACAUUUACGAACACGCUCUCGGUCAACGCACGUACGCCCUUUGGGUAUAUUCCUUCAAAGCCACAUACACGCAUCGAAAUGACCUCGCUCUCCUGCGCGUCUGCCGCAAGGUCUACGACGAAGCAAAGCUCCUCCCCUUUGCGCUAAACACAUUCUGCUUCCCCCAUUUCCUCAAGUCAUACUACACUCUCAUGCUCGGGCUUGAUGCAACGGAACGUCAGCUCAUCCGCACGGUUCGCAUAACGUUCUAUUUAAGAGAAGCUGAGAGCCUCGUUGCGGAUCUGCAUGAGUGCAGGCUUGACUCAUUGUCGCAAGUUUUCCCUGCAGUGCGGUCUGUACAUCUGCAUGUGGGCUGCGGGGAUUUCGAUCCGACGAGAUUGGAACAGGCAGUGAUGAGUAUUGGAAAGCGGGUAGAGAGCGGUCUGGACGAGGGUGUUGACCUGGAAAUCACUCGUGCUAAAUAUUGA